UAACAUGGCGCCGAUUUUCUUAUACUACCUUGCUGGUGUAAUGUGUUGAACUUAUUUGUGGUUACGAUUUACGAGUUGUAAAACACGAAGUAUCGUAAUAAAACGAGAAAACGCAACACGAGUUUCUAAGGACGCUUGAAUCAAUAAAAUGCCGGUCGUACCAGGAGUGUAUCAACAAGCUCCUUCAUGCUGGGAUAGGAUGAAACUUGGUUUUAUGAUUGGAUUUUGUGUUGGAAUGGCGUCAGGUGCUCUGUUCGGGGGAUUCUCAGCACUUAGAUACGGAUUAAGGGGAAGGGAACUGAUAAACAAUGUUGGAAAAGUGAUGAUACAAGGUGGUGGGACAUUUGGCACGUUUAUGGCCAUAGGAACUGGAAUAAGAUGCUAGUACUUGAAGACUGUUGUGUUUGACGUUUAGGACGCAAAGGAUUGAUUCGUUUUUCCUGGGAUGUUCAAUCCGAAGCUUAAAUGGCGAAUCUUGUGGGUCAUAUUGAACUGCGUCGAAGUAUACGGUUGAACGUUAUGCACUAUGAACAUGUAACAAGAAUCCAAAGAUAUAACGUUAUGUGAAAAUUUCAAUUUAAGUAAGAGACAUUAAUGUAUUUACCAUGUACAUGA